GAAGAUAAAAUUCGAAACGCGUUACUAUCUUUAUACAAUUUUUUUUUUCUAUCAAAAUAAACUAUUUCUUUACAUUUCCUUAAUUGACGUGCUUCCAUUUUGGAUCCAUUUCUUUGAUUUGAUUCAUUCAAAUCAUUUUGUCCAAACAAUUCCUUUUUUUUUUUUCUCUCUUUUUUCAUUCAAACUCCUUUCGUAACUCAUCUUAUCCUAUUUUCACUAUUCGGUUCAAAAAAUAAAAUUCGUCGAGCUUAUUUAGCUUAUUCUGAACGGAUAUUGAAUAAUUUUAAUCUCAAAUCAAAAUUUCAAUUAACAUCAAUUCAAGAAGAAUUGCAACAGAAGAAAAUAUCAGAAUAUGUUCCUAUUUGUGAUCCAAUAUGUCCUAGUCAACAGAAAACAAAUCCUUCAUCACAUGGAUUUACUGGUGAGUGGAUUGUUAUUUUAAAUCGUGCUGGUGUUGGCCGUCGUGAAUUGAUAAAUGCUAAUGAAUUAGUUAAUGGUUUGUUAAAAGCAUUUCCUGAUCAUUCAAAUCCAUAUUUACGAGUUUGGCCAAAACAAUUUAAUUUUCAUAAUAAACUGUACGAAGCAGCACGUAUGGCUCGAUCAAUACGUUUAUUAAUUGGUGUUCAUGGAGCAGGUUUAUCAAAUACGAUAUUUAUGAGACCAGGAGCAAUUCUCUAUGAAAUAAAUUCAUAUGGUUGUCGUCAUUUAUCAUUUAAUUUUCGUCGUUGGGCUGAAGUAUUUAAUCUGCAACAUGCUCUAUGGAUUCUAUCACAAGACGAUGAUGGAAGCACAGAUAAUAUUUGUAAUCGGGAAUCAUCGACAAGAUUAAAUGUAAAUGACAUCGUUAACGAAAAGGUUUGA